AGGCCCCCCCCAUUGGACGGCACCGGCUGCCCAUCGCGCAGAACCUCCCCCACCCCUCCAAGGGAGAGAGACACACUCAGAUGCACUGUGUGCGCCCCGGGAGCAGCCUCGGAGCCGGUCGGCGGUGGUGCAACAGCAGCAGCAGCAGCAGCAGCAGCAGCAGCAGCAGCAGCAGCAGCAGCAGCAGCAGCAGCAGCAGUCGUCCCAGCAGUAGUCGUCCCAGCAGUAGUCGUCCUAGCAGCAGCAGCCCCCAGCCAGGCGGAGUCCUAGCCGCUUUCAAUGGAGGAGAAGCCCGGCCAGCCUCAGUCUCAGCCGCAGCACCAUUCCCACCACCAUCCGCACCACCACCCGCAGCAGCCGCCGCCGCCGCCGCCGCCGCACCACCACCACCAUCACCAUUAUUACUACUACAACCACAACCACCACCAUCACCACCAGCAGACGCACCAGUACCUGCAGCAUGGAGCCGAGGGCAGCCCCAAAGCCCAGCCGAAGCCGCUGAAACAUGAGCAGAAACACGCCCUCCAGCAGCACCAGGAAACGCCGAAGAAGAAAACAGGCUAUGGCGAAAUAAAUGGUAAUGCUGGAGAUGUACCCAAGAGCCUGGGCUCCGACGAAGCCACCAGUCCUAUUUCCAGGGUACUCAACGGCAGCCAGCAAGCUGCAGACACUAACUUAAACCCAAAGCAGACUGUGAAGACCAGUACCCUGGGAAAAGCGGGACUUAAGACCAAGAAUUUCAUUCAGAAAAACAGUAUGGACAAAAGGAACGAAAAGUCUUACGACAGCAAAUCUAGAGAAAACCCAUCCAUAGACAAGGCCGAGGCAGUAUCUAUUCCAAAUGGCGUCGUGACCAAUAACGCCAGCUACAUCACUAACGGUUACGUAGGCAAAGGGGCAGACAAUGAUGGGAGUGGGUCUGAGAGUGGAUAUACUACCCCGAAGAAGCGGAAAGCCAGGCGCAACAGUGCCAAGGGUUGUGAAAAUCUGAAUUUACUGCAGGACAAAAUAAUGCAGCAGGAGAUCGGCGCCCCUUCCUCCUUAAAGCAGGGACUUGACGGUUUCAAGCCCGACUACAACGAGCCGAAGGGAAACCGGAUGGAUGGUUCCAAGCCCCUCUGGAAGUACGAACCCGGGGCUGGGGGACUGGGCCGUGGGAAGCUUGGAAUUGGGGACAUCCUGCGCAAAAACUCCGAUGCCAAACCCGGGAUGAACAGCAAAAAGUUUGAGGACCGGCCCAAGGGAAAGCACGCAGCUGCCGUGGCCUCCAAAGAGGACUCGUGGACCCUAUUUAAGCCGCCUCCGGUUUUCCCAGUGGACAACAGCAGCGCCAAGAUCGUUCCGAAAAUCAGUUAUGCAAGCAAAGUGAAAGAGAACCUCAACAAAGCAGCUCAGAGCUCAUCGGUCUCCCCAUCGUCCUCCUCAUCCUCCUCUUCGUCAUCUACUGGGGAGGCCCAGGCUCAGACGUCGAGCCGCCUGUCCCAGGUCCCCAUGUCCGCUAUGAAGUCUGUUACUUCUGCCACUUUUUCCAACGGGCCGGUCUUAGCGGGGACCGACGGAAGCUUGUAUUCUCCCGGGACCCAGCCACUGCUCGCCGCCGCUGCUAGUACUGUACCACCCGUGCCUGGGGUCGACUCCGUCCUCCAGGACACGAGUAUCACCUCGGCAGCCGUGGAGCAAAUUAAGUCUAGCCUUUUUAUCUACCCUUCAAAUAUGCAAACUGUGCUUUUGGGCACGACACAGGUGGCUCUGCCCACUCAGACAGAUCAGCAGAAUCUGGGGGAUAUCUUCCAGAAUCAGUGGGGUUUGUCGUUCAUCAACGACCCGAGCGCCGGCCCUGAGACUGGCCCCGGGGAAGCCACCGAUCAUAAAAUGAUGGAAGUGACAUUUCAAGGGGAAUGUCCAGCCGCUUUGGUUUCACAGGGUGCUGAAAUAAUUCCCUCAGGACCCGAAUACCCUGUGUUUCCCAAGGCUUAUGAGCUGGAUAAACGGACUAGCCCCCAAGGUCCAGGAAGCGUUCUAAAGCCGGGGACUACUAGUGAGGGGGAAGCCUUUUCCUCGGAGCCCAGUCACACGGGGGAUCUGCCCAAAGCAGACCCGGGUAGCCAAGGUGCUUUAGUGUUUCUCUCGAAGGACUAUGAGAUAGACAACCCUCUGGGCUCUCCUUCGAACACUUUGUUAGCCUCCGCCAAAGAACAGAGGUACCAGAGAGGCCUAGAAAGGAAAGAUAGCUGGGGUUCUUUUGACCUGAGGGCUGCUAUUGUAUAUCACACUAAAGAAAUGGAAUCCAUUUGGAAUUUGCAGAAGCAAGAUCCAAAAAGGAUAAUCACUUAUGAUGAAGCCAUGGAUAGUCCUGAUCAAUGAAGGUGCAGCAGAAAUCCUUAUUAUUUUUACAGCUUUUCCUGUGUACAGAAGAGGGCUGUUUCUCUGCCAUCACAUGUGUAUUUUACACGCCUUCGGGAGCCUCGGAACUUUCUGAAGGCUCUUAGUGUGUUUAAGAGCACACACACGUACACCCAAAAGAAGCCUUCUGUAAUGGCCGUGGAAAAAUAAACUGGCUCCUGCAAACUUGAGGUGGGCUUGUACGCAUGGCCUUAAGAGGCGGAAGGGCAGGAGUUUAGUAGGCGAUAUCUUGUUUGGAUACAGCCUUCUCUUCGGCAUCUGUCAGCAGUUCUCAUUUUAUUCAGCCUCCUGGGGACUUAAGGAUCACUGCAAUUUGGGUGAUUUACCUAUUUAGGAGCUGAAUUACCUCUUCAUCUGGGGAAAGGAAAAUUCACUUGGUUGUUAGUGUGAUAAUGGUAUGCGACAACCUUCAAUGUUUAAAAGGUUUUUUGUUUCUUGUCUUGCCUUUCCUCAUCACCAAAUCACUUAACAGGUUCACAUAUGUCUACCCAUCCACCACCACCCCACCCCAUUUGAAAUGUUAAAACAUUUUCCAGAGGAGAGCAGUGACCAGAGAUUAAUCUUUUAGCCAAAUGCUUACUAGCUGUGUCUGAUAAAGGUUGAUGUCAUGGAUUUUUAAGGGGAGAAGAUGUCAGUUCCAUGACAUAGUCUUUCUUUAUCGAUGUCUUAUGUCACACUUACACAGUGUUUAAGAGAAAAAAGUUAUCUGAAUUUCACUUACUGUGCUGAACCAACAGCUCUGCAACUAUACCCAGAUUUACUUAUUUUAUCAGAAAAAAACUUGAGAAAUUUGUAGAUCAAAGAAAUUAAGAAACAAGUGCUGUAAAUUGUUGAAUAAAAAUUUUAAAGUUUCU